CAUCUCCCUCUUCUCAAUAUAUAUAAACGCCAUCUCAUUACUCGUCGCCGAGCAAAUGGCGAUCUCCUUUUCUCCUCCUUCGAGGAUCGCCGCGUCCUUCUCGACUCGCUCUAACUCGGCCCGAUUUGCCCGAGUCACAAACACCCCCUCUCUUCGAUCCAUCGCACCCCACCGCCAUCCAUCUCGACUCACCAUCUCCACCCGCCUCUACUCCUCCAAACCCUCAUCCGGCGCCAACGGACCCGUCUUUCCCGAGAACCAUUUCUCCGAGAGCGGGGGCGGCGAGCUCCAGCACGGCUUCCCACCUCCGCCAUGGUCCCGCAACGGCGCUCCUGUAUUUGUGACUCUCCCGGCCGACUCGGUGAGUCUGACGGGACGGAUGACGCGCCGUAAGACCUUGGCGGCUUCGUUCAUGGCGCUGAGGGCUGCUGGUGUGGAAGGUGUUGUGGUGGAGGUCUGGUGGGGGAUCGUCGAAAGGGAUGCGCCGGGGGUGUACGAUUGGGGUGGGUAUCUGGAUGUCGUCGCACUGGCCAGCAUGUACAGGCUGAAGGUCCGCGCGAUCAUGGCCUUCCAUCAGCACGGGGUGGGCCCUGGCGAUUCUUGCUGGAUCCCUCUUCCUCGAUGGGUGCUGGAAGAAAUGGAUAAGGAGCCAGACUUGGCUUAUUCAGACAGGUUUGGAAGAAGGAACAGGGAGUACAUUUCCUUGGGAUGCGAUAUACUUCCUGUCCUUAGAGGACGAUCUCCUAUUCAAGCCUAUUCAGAUUAUAUGAGAAAUUUUAGAGACACUUUCAGGAAGUUUCUUGGAGUUGUGAUAACUGGCAUUCAAGUAGGGAUGGGUCCUGCAGGUGAACUGAGAUAUCCUUCAUGCCCUUCUGAGAAGCUGUCGUGGGCGUGGCGCUUACGGGAACUUGGAGAGUUUCAGUGUUAUGAUAAGUAUAUGCUAGCUUCGCUCAAUGCAUGCGCACGAGAUAUUGGGAUGCGUGAGUGGGGAAAUGGAGGCCCACUUGGUGCCAGUAACUUGAUGCAGAAUCCAGAAGAAACAAGUUUCUUCAGAAGCAAUGGUUCUUGGAAUACACCUUAUGGUCGAUUUUUUCUUGAAUGGUACUCCGGGAUGCUGCUUCUGCACGGGGAGAGGUUGUGCAUGGCUGCAGAUACCAUCUUCUGGAGUACUGGUGCGAAGAUUUCGACAAAGGUGGCUGGCAUACAUUGGCACUAUGGUACAGAGUCUCAUCCGUCUGAGUUAACUGCCGGCUAUUACAAUACCUCGAUUAGAGAUGGCUACCUCCCUAUUGCUCGCAUGUUGGGUAGGUACAGAAUGACCUUGUGCUGUACUUGCUUUGAUGUUGACGACAAAGAAGAGGAGCAGAUGAAUCCCAGCAGCAGCCCUGAAGGGUUUCUCAGACAGCUUAUAUUUGCUGCAAGGAUGUGUGGUAUACCACUCACAGGUGAAAAUUCUGUAACGAGGCUGGAUGAUGCAUCCCUGAAACAGGUUGUAAAGAGUUCUAAGCUUUAUACGGAUAGUGUUCAUGAGCCGUCUUUCUCAUUCAACUUUGUGAGAAUGAACAAAAACCUAUUUGAUGCUCGUAAUUGGACCAGCUUUACCCGGUUUGUGAGGCAGAUGUCAGAUGCACGGCCUUUUCGGGCCAAAUUAGACGUUGGAAGGAAGGAGUUAUGCUUCUCUUCUACGCCAGCAGCUGAGGAAGUUGGAGUAGCUUUUGCAUAUUGCUAAAGAUAUUUUCUCUAAUUUAUGUACUGUCAACAUAAGUUGUAUAUUUUUACCUGUACAAUUCAAUCAUUUGAAAAUUUAUUCAAUACGAAAUUUUGUGAGA